AUGGUGCAUCAGGGACGACACGAUUGUUUUGGCUCCAACACAGUUUGUGCGUUUUUACCGCGGAAUGAGACACAAAUCGCAAACCUGAAAUUAUCGGUCAACACAACGAUAGUUCAGCAUUUGGGCACUGUGGAGGUUAAGUUCGCAAGAGAUUUCAUUGACAGAGACGAUGUAGUCGCGGUUUAUCUCGUGGACCCAGAAGAAUCCAACGACGUCGAAGGAGAUCCGUUAUCAGACUUCAUCGACUACGUGUACGCCAAUGAAAGUCGCGUGCUGGAGUCAGGAAUCCACUCAAUUGUAUUCGGACCGCUAGUGAACAUGCGAGCGUCGUACCAGAUUAAGUAUCUGAGGAAAGUUGCGUCCUUUGAUUUUGAUGAAUUUGGAGAGUUUCGACCGGCUUUUGAAGUCCUGGAGAACCAGAGACCGCAGAGUUUCUUUGUGUUUGGAGAUCUAGGUACUAGUGUAUUGCAGGAGCCUUUCGACGAGUUGGAUUUUGACUACAGUCAUCCUGAGCGACACUUCUAUGGGUUGGAUAUGGUGUCCAGACUGGCGAAGUGGGGCGACGAACGGACUGUAAUGGAGCGGAUUCGACAGGAUUUCGACGAAUCAUUACGAGAUGACGCAGACGACGAUGCACCGGAAUACGCUGCGUUGAUUCACAUUGGCGACAUCUCGUACGCUAAAGGCAAGUCGUAUCGCUGGGAUCAGUACGGGGCUGUUGUGCAGUCUGUGGCUUCACGUCUGCCCUACAUGGUAGGAGUUGGCAACCACGAGUACGACUACAUUGACAACGGUGAAGGUCAUGAUCUGUCCGGAAAGGAGGCAGCACUCUCGAACGGAUGGCACCCGGAUGGCGGCAACUUCGGAGACGAUUCUCAUGGAGAAUGUGGUGUGCCCUACGCACGGCGCUUCCACAUGCCUGAAGCGAUGGAUGCCACCUCGAAUCCUCCAUUCUGGUACAGCUUCCGUAUUGGAAUGACCCACCAUGUGAUUCUGAGUAGUGAGCAUCGCUGUACUGUCGGUUCUCCGAUGAGGGGAUGGCUCGAGCGGGAGUUUCGUGAUCAUGUCGACCGUGGACUGACCCCGUGGCUGGUUGUGCAUCUUCAUCGUCCUCUCUACUGCUCUGAGAGCUACGAAGGUGAUCAUUUCGUGGGGAAAUUGCUGCGUGGUUGCUUUGAGGACCUCUUUGCUGCAAACAACGUCGACUUUGUUUUCUCUGGACAUUACCAUGCAUACGAACGGACGUGUCCAGUGUAUCAAGAUGAGUGUCGAGAGCGCGACGGAAGAGCUCAGGCACCCACCCACAUAAUGAUUGGGUCUGGGGGAGCGGAACUUGACGAUGUCUCGUACUUCCAGGCCGAUUGGAGUCGAUCACGACAGCAAGAAUAUGGCCAUGGACGAUUGCAUAUCUACAACGCCUCACACGCCCACUUUGAGUUUGUGCGGGCUCGUGACAGAGUAGUGACAGAUGCAGUUUGGGUCGUGUCAGAGAGAGACUACUAG